AUUUCCAUAUACUGAUAAGGGUUUGAAUUAAUAGUACCGAUUAUUCCGUGAAACUAUCGAUAAUAUCAAAUAUGGCGCUCGCAUGGAACCCAUCAAAGAAACACAGCGACCGUGAAAGAUGGAUUUGUAUUUAUCCGAUAUACCUAAAUAGUAAGAGAACUCUAGCAGGGGGUCGGAAACUUCCAAAAGACAAAUGUGUCGAAAAUCCAACAUAUCAAGAAAUUCGUGAUGUUUUGGUAGCAGCUGGUUUCAACGUUGGAGUAGAAAACAAACGACAUCCACGAGAACGUAGCAAAGAAUUAUUAUUUCGCGGACGUAUUCGCGUACAACUCAAAAAUGACGAUGGUACUCCUGUGAAAUCAGAAUUUCCCACUAGAGAUUCGGUUUUGGCAUAUGUGGGCACGACCAUUCCAAAGUUAAAAACUCGACAAGGAAAGCAAUCCAGUGGUGAACAAUCUUCUCAGCCAUCAAGUUCAUCGUCAAAGAAAGGAAAAGGAAAGGGGAGAAGAUGAUAAAGAUAUAGAACAUAACUAUAUUUGUUACUUAUGUAUAUUUUUGUGUUGAAAUGAGAAUUAUUCUCACGUACAAAAAUAUUAUAUUACAACUUGUACAAACCUUUUAAAGGGAAGUUUUAAACUGAAUGCAUUCAUACAUACAAAUAUCUUAAAA